AUGAUCGUUGGACAAGUGUUGCUAGGUCUAGCUGGUUUGGGUUUAACAUGUUAUGCAUACUAUGUCAAACAACAACAUAAGAAAAAUCCGAAGUAUAAAGCUUUAUGUGAUUUAGGGCCGAAUGCAAGUUGUAGUAGAGUAUUAACGAGCAAAUAUGGUAUUGGAUUAGGACUUACAACUAAAUUAUUUGGUGAAAAUAGUAUAAUGAAUGCAUCGAAUGUAAAUCUCGGUAUUGUACUUUAUAUUUUACAAAUUAUCUUCGGUUUAAUAGCGACACCAUUAAUUAAUAAACUAGCUUUAUUUUCAUCGAUAAUAUCCUGCAUUACUUCGUUAUAUUUAGCUUGUAUUCUAGCAUUUGUUCUUAAAGAUUUAUGCCUCGUUUGUGUUGUAACUUAUAUUAUUAAUGCUGGUCUUCUUUGGUCAAAUUUACAAACAGUCUAUUCACAACAUUAG